AUGGCACGACGGUUAAGAUUGCAUUUUGCAGCCCGAAGAAGCAACACUGAUCCAUUAUCAGAAGUCUCCGGAGAUGGUUUGGAUAGUAACAUUCAUGUGUAUUUCCAAAGACCUUCACAGAAUUCUGCACCUGAUAUUAUACAAAUGAAGGUGACUCCCAGGCAAGCUGUCUUUCCAACGGUAAUGCAGGAAAUAAUUAAUCAACAGCAGCAUUCAACUGUUUCUUCACUGCAAAAGAACAACAAAAAGAGCACUUCGCUGCAGAUUUCCCUGCAGUCUAGAAGGUAUAGUGAAUGUUUUCAAUCUGAUACAGUAGUUGCUAGUGAAGACACUUUCAUCAGUGUUGGUAAUGAAGGAAACGCUUGUAGCAGGAAUAUGGCUGAUUACAGAUCUAAUAUGCUAAACAGUAGCAGCCAUUUGAGCAAUGCUGCCAUGUGCAAUGGCAAUCUUGGCGGUAUUGCAGCGAAUAACAGUGGAUCCUUCAGUAGCACUGGCAGUGACUAUGAAUCGUGUACAAGUAUCACUAGUGGUGGAGACUCAUACAGCAACAGUAUAAUCAGUGACAGUAGUAGUUGCACUCUUUCCACUGGUGGUGAUACUUUCUGUAGUAGUAUUGUAUAUAGUACUUCUUCAUAUAGAAGCACAGCAAACAAAUGUAAUUCCUAUAGGAACAAUAUAUAUCAGGAAGCUUUAUGUAGAAGUAAAAAUACUACUUUUGAUCAAGAUGGUUUGGAACAAGUGAAAUUGCCAAUGAGGAGGAAAACUAAAAUUCCACUACGACGUUUUUCAUCAUUGGUAAUCUUUCCUAGGAGUCCUUCCACUACCCCACCAAUUUCUCCAACAUGCUUGGGUCCUCUACCAAGCAAGGGACCUUAUCAAACAUCACAUCAGUUCAUUAUUUCUUCUACUGAACUGGCACAAAAUGAAGAUCAAACAACUUCUUCUAAAGGGUUCCUUUCAACAGCAGUCAGUGGAUUUCGACUAUCUAAAAGCAUUUGCUCUCCUGGUGAAACUAGAGAUAUUAGACCACUUUACUUGAAUAGUUCAUUACAGGACAAAAAUCAGGCUGCAAGUAGCGCUGAGCAGACAACUUGUGAAAAAACAUCCGACAGCUUCCCUUGUAUUUCAGUUCAUUUCACUCAACAAAGAGAAUCUGCAUCAAGGGAUGAAAUGGUUAAUGGUUGCUACAGUCCAGAGUUAUCAGAAAAGGAAUUAAAUUUGUACUCUGAUGCAAAGUACCCUAAUUUAAAACUGAUACGUAGCACAUCUGCAUGUUUACCCUCAAAAAAACAUUCUGAGUAUCAGAUUCUUAUAAACGAAUUAGAAAGACCAAAUACACACAUGAGGACAACCCACCAUAUUCUGCAAAGAAGUGUUUCAUUAGAAGGAUCUUGUCAAAAAGUUUCUUGCUGUUUAUCCAGUCUUAAAUACAAGUGUCCUAAGGCAGAGACAUCCCAGUUGCACAUACAGUUCACACCUGGAAAUGAAGGAAAAACUAGUGGCUUUCCAAAAAAUGCCAGUAUCUGCAAAAGGGAAUCAAAUAGUACUUUGUGGAGGCCCUACAAGACAAGAGAUGACUUCCUAGGUCAAGUGGAUGUUCCUCUUCAUCAAUUACCGACAGAAAAUCCAAAUAUGGAGAGACCAUACACCUUUAAAGAUUUUGUUCUUCAUCCAAGAAGUCACAAGUCAAGAGUUAAAGGUCACCUAAGGUUAAAAAUGACAUACUUACCUAAAAACAAUGGAUCUGAAGAAGAAAACACAGAACAGGUGGAAGACCUGGAGCCUGGCUGGAUUAUAUUGGACCAACCGGAUGCUGCUUGUCAGCCACAACAGCAGCAACAGGAAUCUCCUCCUCUACCUCCAGGCUGGGAAGAAAGACAAGAUAUCCUUGGUAGGACCUACUAUGUCAACCAUGAAUCUAGAAGAACACAAUGGAAAAGACCAACUGCUCAGGACAAUCUAGCUGAUGUUGACAAUGGUAAUAUUCAUUUGGAGGCACAGCAUGCAUUCACCCAUCGGCGACAGAUAACAGAGGAAACGGAAAAUCUAGACAACAGAGAUUCUCCUGAGAGCUGGGAAGUUAUAACUGAAGAUGAGGCCACUAUGUACAGCAAUCAGAAUCUUCAAACACUACUGCCACAGAGCAGCUCUGAUAUGCAGUCUUACCUUGCAGAAGAAUUGAAUACCAGACUUACUAUCUCUGGGAGUCCAGCCACUGGCCAAUCAACUUCCUGCAGUAACCAUUCCAGCAGAAGAGGUAGCCUGCAAACAUACAGAGUUGAGGAACAGCCUGCACUUCCUGUGUUACUCCCUACUUCAUCUGGAUUACCUCCAGGUUGGGAAGAAAGGCAAGAUGAAAAAGGAAGGUCAUAUUAUAUAGAUCACAAUUCCAGAACGACUACCUGGGUAAAACCUGUUGUGCAGACUACAAUAGAAACAAGUCAAUUAUCAACAGUCCAAAGUGCUCCUACAGGACGUCAACCGCAAACAUCAAGUGACUCAUCAGAACAGUCUUCUAAUCAACAACCUGAAGUAGAGCAAGGAUUUCUCCCUAAAGGCUGGGAAGUCCGACAUGCACCAAAUGGGAGACCAUUCUUUAUUGACCACAAUACCAAAACUACUACAUGGGAAGAUCCAAGAUUGAAAAUUCCAGCUCAUCUGAGGAAAAAGACCUCUCUAGAUCCUGUAGAUUUAGGCCCCUUGCCACCAGGAUGGGAAGAGAGAACUCACACAGAUGGAAGAAUAUUCUACAUAAACCAUAAUACAAAAAAAACACAAUGGGAAGAUCCUCGAUUGCAGAAUGUAGCAAUAACUGGACCAGCUGUGCCUUAUUCCAGGGAUUAUAAACGAAAGUAUGAAUUCUUCAGAAAGAAGUUGAAGAAGCAGAGUGAUAUUCCAAACAGAUUUGAAAUGAAACUUCACCGUACAACAAUCCUUGAAGAUUCUUACAGAAGAAUUAUAGCUGUAAAGAGAGCAGAUUUCCUUAAAGCAAGACUCUGGAUUGAGUUUGAUGGUGAAAAAGGCUUAGAUUAUGGAGGAGUGGCCAGAGAAUGGUUCUUCCUUCUCUCUAAAGAAAUGUUUAAUCCCUAUUAUGGAUUGUUUGAAUAUUCUGCUACGGAUAACUACACUCUGCAGAUCAAUCCAAACUCUGGAUUGUGCAAUGAAGAUCAUCUCUCAUACUUCAAGUUUAUAGGACGUGUAGCUGGAAUGGCCGUUUACCAUGGCAAGCUGCUGGAUGGCUUUUUUAUUCGACCCUUUUACAAGAUGAUGCUUCAAAAAUCAAUCACACUUCAUGAUAUGGAAUCUGUGGAUAGUGAAUAUUACAAUUCUCUGAGAUGGAUUCUUGAAAAUGAUCCAACAGAAUUGGAUCUCAGGUUUAUUGUUGAUGAAGAACUCUUUGGACAGACCCAUCAACAUGAGCUGAAAAGCGGUGGAUCAGAAAUAGUUGUCACAAACAAGAACAAGCGAGACUACAUUCAUCUUGUAAUUCAAUGGAGAUUUGUGAGCAGAGUCCAGAAGCAGAUGGCUGCCUUUAAAGAGGGGUUUUUUGAACUAAUAUCUCAAGAUCUAAUCAAAAUUUUUGAUGAAAAUGAACUAGAGUUACUAAUGUGUGGACUGGGAGAUGUGGAUGUGGCUGACUGGAAGCUAUAUACAAAAUACAAAAAUGGCUACAGCAUAAAUCACCAAGUUAUACAGUGGUUUUGGAAGGCAGUGUUAAUGAUGGAUUCUGAGAAGCGAAUAAGAUUACUUCAGUUUGUCACUGGCACAUCCCGUGUACCUAUGAAUGGAUUUGCUGAGUUGUAUGGUUCAAAUGGACCACAGUUGUUUACAGUUGAACAGUGGGGCACCCCUGAAAAACUGCCAAGAGCUCAUACCUGCUUUAACCGCUUGGAUUUGCCUCCAUAUGAGUCAUUUGAAGAUUUAUGGGACAAACUUCUCAUAGCAAUUGAAAAUACUCAGGGUUUUGAUGGAGUUGAUUAG